AUGAUCCGCUCAAAUCUCUUUCUAUUAUCAUUUGUUAUUUUCUUCUUCAUCGUUCACUGUCUCAAUACAACGAUCGAAUCAUCAGAAUCGACAAAAAUCGAAUGGUUACCGACACCUAUUCAACCUAUCGAAAGAAUCAAUCCAAAGCACAGCACAGAGUUUGGUGUUGACUUCUGUGCCAUUCCCAAGACAGGAUCGACGAUUACAAGUGGAUUGUUGUGUGAUAUUUUGAGAGAUUACAAAAGCAUUCACUAUAAACAGCGUUUCUCGAGAGAAAUUGAUGGAAACACUGAAUGCAAAAAACACAACUUCUAUGCUGGCAAACGAGCAGCUAAAUGGGAAAAGUCAAAGGAAUUAGUCAAAUUCACGUUCAUUCGACAUCCAACGGAUCGAUUUGUGUCCUUGCAUGGACACUUUUGCAUCUCAACAAAGGGCUUCUGCCAGGGCCGUAAUAUUCACGAGUUCGCGAAAUGGAUCUACGAUUUGAGGACAAACAAAGAAACGCUCACUGGAGAGGAUUUUGGAUUCAACUAUCAUGCUUAUCCACAAUCCAGCUUUUGUAAAAUCAACAAACAGCCGAUCAAAGUUCUCCGUUUCUCCUACGACAAAAAGGCAAUGGCUAGACGGUUGUUGAAGGUGUUCAAAGAGGCCAAUGUUCCCAUAAAAGUCUCAAAUAAGGCUAUUCGCCACAUCUACAAAUCAAGCACGGUGAACUCGAAACACAACUCCAACGUAAUGAAACAGUUGAAGAUGAGCGUUGAAAAGAAUGAGACAACGAAGAAAUACGUUGAAGCUAUCUAUCAUGAUGAUUUUGAUCUCUACAAAAAAGCUCAA